UCUCUCCCUACAACCACCAUGGCUUCUCCGUCGACGAUGUGUACCGCGUGUCUGCGGAGCGCUAGAAGAAUCACGCCGAGACUCAAUACAACUGCACGCUUCCCAAGGCCAUUAGCAUCCCGAUCAUAUACCUCUCCUCCGGCCGCCACCCUAGGAGUGCCACUAUUUCUUGAUUUCCUCGCGCCAGCAUACAAGUCACGGCAAUUGACAGCGUUACGAUCAUCAAGAGUGUCCCAAUCACAGGCGACCCAAUCAAGCUUCCGUAGCUUCUCUACCACUCCUUCGCCCCAAAGGGCAAUACACAACCCGCGCAAAGAUGAGAACGGGGAAGAGAUGGACAUUGAGAUAACUCCUCGCGCAGCAAAUCGACUUCACCAAAUAAUGACCAACGACUCGAACCCAAACCUUGCAUUGCGGAUAACCGUCGAGUCGGGAGGUUGCCACGGCUUUCAGUACCUGAUGUCCCUUACGAAGAUUCCCUCUUCUCUCACCGAAUCUUCGUCGCCUCCCUCCGAGGACGAGACACUUUCCGAAGACGAUACAGUAUUUGAGGGACCCCAUGACACGAAGGUGGUGAUAGACGAAUCGAGUCUUGAGUUAUUGAAGGGGAGUAAGGUGGACUACACCAUGGAGUUGAUAGGGAGUCAGUUCAAAGUAGUGGGUAUACCAGGAGCGACAAGCAGUUGUGGUUGUGGCACGAGCUUCGACGUCAAGAUAUAAAUAUGGUACUCCUAAUCCAUACAUCCAUAACCGCAAGAGUUGAACUCAGCCAUUCGUCGCACCUCCUCAGUGCCCUUUCCAUCCCCGUUACCUAUGCCCCAACACACCGGAAGGAUGAAACCCUGUUAUCCCAGCCUAAUGCAGUAU